AACAUUGACAAAAGUAAUAACAUUUGAGGCAAAGAAGCAACUUUAUGGACCAUCGUGCUCUAUAUAAUACACCUAUAAUUGUAUUCUUCCAUCAUUCCAUCGCAAACUAAACGAAAGUUAUCCACACCUCAAAUUCUACAAACGAAUUCGGUUCAGAGCUAGGAGAAAAAUAUGAAUAAUUUUCGUGUAACCAUUGCAGUGUUUUUGGCCGCUCUUGUCUUCACCGCGACUUUUUCAAACUCUGUGGUGGAGGCUAAGAAGAAAAUGAUCACAAUCUCAUUCGCAUGCAAAACGAAAUCGGACUGUUUGAGAAACAUUGCUUGUGAAGCUUGUACUGAUUGCCGAUGUGAUAAAGGAUUAUGUAGAUGCCAUGGUUUUGGUGGAAAUCCAACAGCUGCGCCAUUAACUGCUUAAUCAAUUUGCCCAUUUCUUUUCAAUUUCUCUUUUGUUUUCUUGUCAUGUGCAAAAGAAUAAUUA